AUUGUUUUAGUAUUAACUUGUUAUCACAAAUCGUAUAUCAUAUAAUUAUAUUAUAUUGAAUAAUCAGUAAUCACAGUGCAAAGUUUAAAAAAAUAAGAGUAGGUAGUGUAGAGUUUCGUGAUCGCAUGUUUAAAGUAAAGAAACAAUGAAACAAAUAGAAGAAUGGUAUUUUUCGGCUCCUUUUGGUAAAAUUGCAUUGAUUUCUUAUGGAAACCCAAAAGGCGAGAAGGUUUUACUAGUCCAUGGACGACUGGACAGUGCAGCCACAUUCCUACCAUUAUUAGAUGUGCUACCUGAUAAAUAUUACUAUGUUGCUUUGGAUAUGCCCGGCCACGGUAGAUCAGACCAUCUACCAAAAGGUGUGUUGGCAAACAGAUUCUUUCCCGUCACAGUGGUCGAUAUGAUAAUCCAAUACCUUGGAUGGAAAGAUUUCAUAUAUAUUGGACAUUCAUUAGGUGCCGAGCAUGGCCUGUUCAUAUCAUCAAUAUAUCCAGGUUUAAUAAAAAAAGCUAUAUACCUUGAUAUUGGGGCUUCCUUACAUCGGUACAGGGAGAAAACCUUGGCCUAUUUCUUUAAGUCCCAUUUUGUAAAUUUCUAUGAAAAUCAGAAGAAGUAUAACAAUGAUAAGACAUAUAGCAAGAAAGAGGCAAUAAAUGUCAUUAUAAAAUCAAGAUUUGUCAACGCCGAGGAAGCUGCUGUUCUGCUGAGCAGAAACUUGGUUGAAGUUGGACCUGAUUGUUAUAAGUUAUCUUUGGAUAGAAGAAACAAAGUCUCUCCGACGUUCAAUGUUUCCGAGGAUUUCACUAUCGAGCUGCUCACGAAAAAUCAGCCUCCAACUCUGUUUAUAUGUGCAAAUAAUUUUACGAGUGAAUUAUAUUACGCGCCGGAUAGCAUUGCCAGUCGAGUUAUGAAAAGAUUAAGUGAAAUUAAUAGGAACACUGAGGUUAUGUGGGUGGAAGGAAGUCAUGAUAUCCAUUUUACGAAUCCGAAAUUGAUGAUUGACACAAUAGUAAAGUUUAUGGAAGCCAAUAUGCUUGGGUCUAAGCUUUGAUAAAAUUAAAAAAAAAUUGAGUAUGUGCGACCGCACGGCAGAAUUGAAUACUUAAUUGGAAAUCGCAAUAAAUUUAUAUAUUAUGUAAAUAAAUGAGGAACAAGUCAGAAAUUAAAGAUAUUAUUUACUUAAUUUUAUAGAAAUAUAAUUAUUUAUUUUCCUUCGUAUUCCUACAGACAAUACAAUGGGUUUGUGAUAGCUAAAAUAAGAAUUGUUUAUAAUGUUUUUAUAUAAUAAUAUAAUAUUGACACACUUUUUACACAAAUUAUCUUGCCCCAAGUAAAGCAUAUAUAGCCUGUGUUAUGGGUUACAAGACAACGAUAUAUUUAAUACAAUAUAUUCAUAUAAACAUACAUAAAUACAUGUAAACAUCCAUGACUCGGAAACAAACAUCUAUAUUCAUCAUAUAAAUGCUUGCACCUACCGGGAUUCGAACCCGGGACCUGUAGCUUAAUUAUGGGGUCUGCUAUUGAGGGACUUGUCCUUGGAUUUGCGGCCAUUGCAGCUGUUAUCUAUGGUGUUAUUACAUUAUAUAAAACUCGGAAUGUUCCAGAACAAUAUAACACUCAUGGACGACGAAGAAAUAGAGAGUAAUGGAAUCUGAAUAAUAAUAAGUUAAUUGAAAUGAUAUUAUGAAUUAUUUAUAAUAAGUAUAUUAAAAAGCACAUAUUGAAGCAAUAAAUGUAUUAAUAAAUAAUAUGCAAUA